UUCUACAGCUCUUCGAAAUCGCAACUAGGUCAGCCUCCAGCCACGCCCAGCGCUCUUAUGUCUGGCGGCUCGGUAGGUCCACGCCCUGUGCUGUAGCCCCGCCUUCCGCAGGCGUCGCCCGUUCGCUGCGUCAUUGUGUCGGUGUCGCGCUCGGUGACAGGAGAAGGACAGAGAUACUGAUUGUCAGCAACAUGGCCGAAUCCAGUGUGCAUCAGUCUUCGCACAUAUCUUCAUCAGCUGGAGAGAAGAGCGGCAGCUGUGCAGUUCAUGAUCUGGUGUAUUGGAGAGAUGUGAAGAAAUCUGGGAUGGUUUUUGGAGCCACUAUGGUGCUGCUUUUGUCCUUGGCAGCAUUCAGCAUCAUUAGCGUUGUAUCAUAUCUCUUGCUGUCCCUGCUGACCGUUACAAUUAGCUUCCGCAUCUACAAAUCUGUCAUGCAAGCCGUCCAGAAGUCUGAUGAGGGACAUCCAUUUAAGGCCCUUCUGGAACAGGACAUCACCCUGUCCUCUGACAGCUUCCAGAAGAAAGUCAGUUCCUUCCUCGUUCACAUCAACAGUGCCCUGAAGCGCAUUGUACGCCUCUUUCUUGUGGAGGACCUAGUAGACUCGCUCAAGCUUGCUCUUUUCAUGUGGCUGAUGACCUAUGUCGGCGCUGUGUUUAAUGGGAUUACACUUCUCAUACUUGGGCUGUUGGUUGCAUUCAUAGCUCCAGUUGUGUAUGAAAAAUACAAGGUACAGAUUGAUCAUUAUGUGUCUCUGGUGCACAGUCAAGUGAAAUCCAUUACAGAGAAGAUUCAAGCCAAGCUCCCCGGAGCAUUGAAGAAGAAAACUGAAUGAAGGAUUCCAUUUGUAGUGUGGGGAGGGAUGGGAGGGUCCUAACAAAGUAUAAACACUGGCUAUGUAUCUCAUUACUACUCAGUAAAUUGGCUGCCUUUUUAUGUAGCUUGCAGAAACCUUUUUGUAUGCAUCUAUCUCAUGUAUACACAUAUGUACAGGUUUCCUUUGUUGGUAGGAAAGGGGUGCCUGGGUCAGCAUAGACAUGGACUGUAAAAGUUGUUGCUGUUCUAAGCUAUGGAGAGCUCAGUAACCCCUGCUGUCAUGUCUUGCACUUUGCAUGGUCACCUCUAUUCUGCCACACACUGUCCCUGAUUUAUUCAUCCUAAAAAGGUACCAUAUGAAGCAACAUAAUUUUAAUGGGCCGCUUAAUUCUGUCUCUAUUGCUAUUCUGUAUUCCACAUUUGUUUCUGUGAGUUUCUUCUGCUUCUGUGUGCUUGUGUCCACUUCCUCUUCUCACCAACAGUCUUCUUUCUUCAUUUUCCCUUUCCUUCUAAACCUUGCUCUGUAAUACAGUUGCUUUUUCUUUCUUUCUCACAUUAUUAUUAUUAUUGGAUGUGUCCCUUGUUUUCGGCACAGCUCUUCAGUCAUGUCUAUAGCCA